AUCUUUUUUUUUGCUCUCUUUCCCCUUUUUAAAAAGAAAAACAACAAUAUGGUUGUAGCCGAUUAUAAAGCUGGUGAAGCUCGCAUUAAGCCAGAAUACCGAAAGGAAAAAUGGAUUGAUGGUGACAAAGCUGAACAAGUAGUAAUUAAUGACGAUGCAGCUGAAAGUGGACCUAAUGAAAAGAAGAGUGGAAAGAAAUCCAAGAAUGCCAGAGGUGCCAACACUGGCCAAAGAGGGAAAAAGCGCAUUGAGGAUUCAAUUAAGCUUUGUAAAUUGCUUGCUCGAGGAGAUGAAUGUACAUUUGCAGAAAACUGCAAGUUUUCUCAUGAUUUGGAAGGUUAUUUGAAUAUCAAACCAGCAGAUCUUGGUGACAAGUGUAUUCAAUUCGAUCUUUUUGGCUACUGCCGUUAUGGCUACAAGUGCCGAUUCCUUGGAGCACAUAUUGAUAAGGAUAAUAAGUUGAUCGUAGACGAAAAGAAAAAGGCAGAGAACCCAGUUUAUACAAUCAACGGUAUCAGCAGCGAAACACAAAUGAAGCUUCACAAAAACAAGUACGAAUUCCCUAGAUCUGAAGAAUACAUGGUGGAGGUUCAAAAGGAAAUUGCUGCAGAACAAAGCAUGAAGGAUGCCAAUACACUAAAGAGAAAGGCCAUCGAGAAUACUUCUUUAUUCGCUGCACCUGCUGAUCUUAAAAAGUCCAAGCUUGAACCAAAAGAAGAAGAACAAAGCGAUAGUGAUCAUGAUGAGUUCUUCGAUGCUGCCAAUGAGUUUGAGAACGUUAGUGUGGAAUCUGCUGGUCCAAGCAUCAUAGAAGAAAAGCCUAUGGGUCCUAUUGAUACUGGCUACAAAAAGCUUAUUGAUUUCAGAAACAAAACAUAUCUUGCACCUCUUACUACAGUUGGCAACUUACCUUUUAGAGUAAUUUGUAAAGAGUUUGGUGUCGACAUUACUUGUGGUGAAAUGGCAUUGGCACCCAAUUUAUUGAGAGGUCAACAAUCUGAAUGGGCGCUUACCAAACGUCAUAAAUCUGAAGAUAUCUUUGGUAUUCAAAUUUGUGGAUCCAAAGUAGAACAAAUUGUAAAGGCCUGUGAAGUUUUAAAUAACGAAGUGGAUGUUGACUUUAUUGAUCUGAAUAUGGGUUGUCCUAUUGAUCUCGUAUUUAAGCAGGGUGCUGGCUCAGCAUUGUUAGACGCUAGAGGUCGUAUGGUUAAAAUGUUGAAGGGUAUGCAAACAGUGACAGAUAUUCCUAUUACUGCCAAGUACAGAAUGGGUAUUAAAGACAAUCAACCUAUUGCUGAUCGUAUUGUUCCAAAACUCGACGAAAUGGGCAUUGCAUUGAGUACUAUUCACGGUCGUUCUCGUGCACAAAGAUACACUAAGAGAGCUGACUGGGAAUACAUUGGCAAAAUGAAGAACUUGACACAUUCAAUGCCUCUUUUUGGUAAUGGUGAUAUUAUGAGCUAUGAAGAGUAUAACCAGAACAAGCAAAUGUCCGGUGUAGAUGGUGUGAUGAUUGGUCGUGGUGCAUUAAUCAAGCCUUGGAUCUUUGAAGAAAUUAAGGCUCAACGUCAUUGGGAUAUUUCAGCUAAUGAACGUCUUGAUAUGUUAAAGCGUUUCUGUAACUAUGGUUUGGAGCAUUGGGGUUCUGAUAGUCAAGGUGUCAAUACUACACGUCGUUUCCUUUGCGAAUGGCAAUCCUUUUUGUAUAGAUAUAUUCCUGUUGGUAUCUUAGAGCGACUUCCUCAAAGCAUGAAUGAACGCCCUCCACCUUAUAUUGGUCGUAAUGACCUUGAGACUUUGAUGGCAAGUCCUUUAGCAUCUGAUUGGGUCAAGAUCAGUGAAUUAUUAUUGGGCCCUGCUCCUGACGACUUUGUCUUUUUGCCCAAGCAUAAGGCUAAUUCUUUUGAAAAGAUUGAGGGAUAAAGUCUUAUAAACAAAUUAAAUACACAUUUAAAAAAAAAA